AUGAACAAUGAGGGUGACGACGGAAGUCGUGAUAGUUUCCAAAAAAGCUCACUAACCUCGUCAGGGAGCGGAAGAGGGUCAGGGUUGGCAGCAAAUGGAGGAAGAGGAGCGGUGUCAGUUCCUCGCAACAACUGGCAGCAGCAUCAACCAUGGCUGCGGCAAUCCUGUGCGACGGGGAAUGGAUUGCGGGAAAACUUCGUAUUCUCCAUUGCUCCCAGCAGAAUACGAUUGGCUGAAAAUGAUCGGGAUCGUGGCUCCUUCUCCUUCGCUCCACUUAACAGCGAGCUCCUCAGAAUGGCAGAGCAGGCCAUCGCAUCCCUGAGCACCGCCAGCAAAACACCCACUCCCGUCGUCUGCAAGCCUGGCACCACGGCCCCUGGAAGGCCAUCGCAUCCCACACACGCACCACCUGCUCCCUCUACCUCUUUCCCAAGCCGGGAGGAGGAGGAGGAGGAGGAGGAGGAGGAGGAGGAGGAGGAGGAGGAGGAGGAGGAGGAGGAGGAGGAGGAGGAGGAGGAGGAGGAGGAGGAGCAGGAGGAGGAGGAGGAGGAGGAGGAGGAGGAGGAGGAGGAGGAGGUGGAGGAGGAGGAGGAGGAGGAGGAGGUGGAGGAGGAGGAGGAGGAGGAGGAGGAGGAGGAGGAGGAGGAGGAGGAGGAGGAGGAGGAGGAGGAGGAGGAGGAGGAGGAGGUGGUGGUGGUGGAGGAGGAGUGGGGGGAUGGGGAGGGGGAGGAGGAGGAUUUAGAGGGGGACAUUGACGUGGAUGAGCUGGACAUAGACGUGGAUGAGCUGGUGAGGCAGUCAACCCAGCAGCAGGAGCACAGCAGCACACCGGACAAGGACAAGGCGCAGCAAGGGAAUAUUCCACCAGACAGGCAGCAGCAACACCAGGGAUUUGCACCACAAGACCAGCGGCAGAAUCUCAACGGCUACGGGCAGGCAGCAACUAACUGGAACACUCCUCCGCCUCUCCCUCCACUCUUGCAGCAACCAUGCUCUCAUGGCAUGCCUCUGGUGCAGUGCCCCUCGUUGCAAGCACACAUACAGGAGCGCAAGAACGAGCUGCUAGACGUGUCCAAUGACCUGCUGGACAACGCGGGAGACAUGUGCCCCCGGCGGGCAGAAGAGCUCCGACUGCGCAGCACCUGGUCCUCCCCUCCUCCCUCGCACCCCGCUCCUCCCUCCUCUUCUCUGGGUGCUGGGCCAGCAGCAGGCAUGGGGGCAGCAGCAGCAGCAGCAGCAGCAGCAGCAGCAGCAGCAGCAGCAGCCACAGUAGGGUCGUUUGCUGCAGCAGGGGCGAACCGAGGCUAUGCCUCUGCGACUGGAGAGGUCAACAAUGGAGGAGGAGGGUUUUCCGUUGCCAAUGGAGGAGGAUACGGAGGAGCGGUGAACGGGGGAGGGUAUGUGGGAGCAGGGUAUGCAGGAGGAGGAGGAGGAGGCAGGGGGUUCACAUCCCCUCCAGGGGGAGGAGGAGGGGGUGAAAAUGGUGGGGCGGCGAGGAGAGGGGAGGUGGUGCCUGUGUGUCUGUCGGAGGUGCGGUUCAGUGAAGGGUCGGCAGACCGGCAGUGGGCUCGCAAGGACUUCGCAUGGACGAGAGAACUGGAGGAGAACAACUGGAAGCUGUUUGGCAACCGGUCGUUCCGAGCGAAUCAGAGGGAGGUGAUGAACGCCACUAUGAGCGGCAGAGACGUGUUCGUGCUCAUGCCCACGGGCGGGGGCAAGAGCCUCACUUACCAGCUCCCAGCAGUGUGCUCGCCUGGGGUCACGCUGGUGGUGUCGCCGCUCAUCUCCCUCAUCUGCGACCAGAUCAUGCACCUCGAGCAGUACAAUAUCCCUGCGGCGUGUCUGAGCGCAAGCCAGGAGUGGGAGCAAGUGCAUUUCGUCUGCUUCCCUCGACCCACUUCUUCACUCUCUGCACCUGUGUGCACCGCACCCAACCCACCCCUGCACCGCAUGGCAGUACAACAUCCCUGUGGCGUGCCUGAGCGCGAGCCAGGAGUGGCCGGAGCAGCAGCGCAUUCCACAGGAUACAACAUCCCUGCGGCCUGUCUGAGUGCGAGUCAGGAGUGGCCGGAGCAGCAGCGCAUUCUGCAGGAGCUGUGCUCGCCAUGCUGCCAGAUCAAACUGCUCUAUGUUACUCCUGAGAAGAUCGCAAGGAGCGACAACCUAUUUCGGCAUCUGGAGGGGCUGUACCGGCGGGACCUGCUGGUGCGCAUGGUGGUGGAUGAAGCACACUGUGUCAGCCAGUGGGGGCAUGACUUCCGCCCUGACUACCAGGUGUGCAAAUGGGUGAAGUGGGAUAGAGAUGAGUCAGCGCAAGGGGGACCUGCCGGGCCUGGGCGUGCUAAAGAGCAAGUUCCCCUCGGUACCUCUCAUGGCACUCACAGCCACGGCCACCCAUGCAGUGCUCAAGAGCAAGUCCCCACGCCUCUCUCCCCCCUCUCCCCUCAUCCACCAGGGCCUGGGCGUGCUGAAGAGCAAGUUCCCCUCGUUGCCGCUGAUGGCACUCACAGCCUCAGCCACCCAUGCAGUGCUCAAGAGCAAGUCCUCACGCCCCCCUCUCCUCUCCACCCUCAUCCAACAGGCCUGGGAGUGCUGAAGAGCAAGUUCCCCACGGUGCCGCUGAUGGCGCUAACAGCCACGGCCACCCAUGCAGUGCUGAACAGCAAGUCCCCACGUCCCUCUCUCCCCUCUCCCCUUCUCCGCCAGGGCCUGGGAGUGCUGAAGAGCAAGUUCCCGUCGGUGCCGCUGAUGGCGCUGACAGCCACGGCCACCCAUGCAGUGCAGGCGGAUGUGGUCAGUGCACUGUGCCUCAAGCAGUGUGUUGUCUUCAAACAGACCUUCAACCGCCCCAACCUCAGGUACGAGGUGAGGGCGAAGGGGCGGCGGUGCAUGGACGACAUAGACUCGUUCAUCCGGAGCAGCGGGUUCUUCCGAGAGUCAGGCAUCGUGUACUGCCUCUCCCGCAACGACUGCGAGAAGACCGCUGAACAGCUCACUAAGCUGGGCCACAGAGCGGGGUUCUAUCAUGCCAACAUCGCAGCAGGCGAGCGGGCAGACGUGCAGAGGAGGUGGAGCAAGGACGAGAUCAACGUCAUCUGUGCCACUGUCGCAUUUGGCAUGGGCAUCAACAAGCCCAAUGUUCGUUUCGUAAUCCACCAGGUCACCUGUGCACCGCAUUUCACCACUGUCCUUCUCUUCUCCACCACCCCCACCAUCUACGAACCCACCACCUAUGAGCAAGCACUUGCCUGUCUUGAUGCACCUCUCUGGAUCGAGGCCAUGGUCAAGGAGAGCAACGUCUUCAUCAGCAACCGCUCGUUUCUCGACGUCCCUCGUUCCUCUAAGCACAACGUGGAGUCGGGGCGAGCAGGGAGGGACAACCUGCCUGCCACCUGCGUGCUCAUGUACAGCUAUGGCGAUUAUGCGCGAGUGAAGAAUAUGCUGCUGCAGGGAGCGGAGGAGACAGCAGAUGGUGGGGGCUGCCUUUUGAUUCGACUCAAAAGUAAACUCGCUCCAAUGUCACAGGCGCGGGCGCGGGUGAAGCACAUGCUGCUGCAGGGGGCAGCGGAGGCGGCAGGUGGGAGGGGUGGAGGGGGAGGGGGGAGAGGGGGCAUGGGGCCGCAGCAGCAGCUGGAAACGAAUCUGGACAACCUUCAUCGCAUGGUGAGUCAGAUGCACUGCAUGGUGAGUCAGAUGCACUGCAUGGUGAGUCAGAUGCACUGCAUGGUGGCAUACUAUGAGAACGAUGUGGACUGUCGGCGCACGGUGGCGUACUGUGAGAACGAUGUGGACUGUCGGCGCACGGUGGCGUACUGUGAGAACGAUGUGGACUGUCGGCGCACGGUGCAGCUCUCUCAUUUCGGGGAGCGCUUUGACCCCGCGCACUGCCGCCGCUCCUGCGACAACUGCUGCCGGGACGUUGCCUCCGCGCCCCGAAACAUCACGCGCCUGGCCCUGCGCAUCAUAUCUCUCAUUCGUGACACGGGGGAGCGCCACACCCAGCAGUACAUCCUUGACCUCCUGCGUGGCUCUGCCAGUGCCCAGCCCAAGGUGAAGCGCAAUGGGCACGCAGCUCUGGCGCAGCGAAUGGCGGAGGAGAAUAAGGCGGGUGGCGGGGACGAGGAGGAGGGCGGGGCGGCAGGGGGGUGGAGCCGGCGGGACAUGGAGCGGGUGGUGCGACACCUGGUGUGCGUGGAGGUGGUGCGGGAAGACAUAAACAAAAGCGAGGCGUAUGGGUCUAUCUCCUCAGUGCUGCGAGUGAGUGUAACAACUUCCCUUUUUAACACACAUGCGUGUCACCCUCUGGAGGGGGACAUGGAGCGCGAGGUGCAGCACCUGGUGUGUGUGGAGGUGGUGCGGGAAGACAUCAGCAAGAGCGAGGCGUAUGGCUCUAUCCUGUCUCUACUCCGGGUGAACGACAGCAAGGCAGAGGCGCUAUUCUCAGGGAAGCUUCACCUCACUCUCAGGACCACAUCACCUGCUGCUGCCACCGGCGUCACCCCCACCAGCAAAGCCGCAGGCAGCAGGGGCAGGAGGCAAGCCAGAACCAGGAAAGGCGCUACUGCUGCUUCUGCCAAUGGGUCUACAGCUGGCACCAUAGGAGGAGGGAGUGGCGUGGAGGCAGAUUCAUGGGCUGAUGAGAUUGAUAAUGGUGAUGAUGGUUCUGGUGAUGUGAGAUGGUCCGGUGGUGCUGGUAACAGGGGGUUCUCUUCUGGCGUUGGUGGGGGAGUUGAGCAAACGGAAGGAGCACAAGGAGCAGAGGGAACAGCAGGAGCAGGGAAGGGGUUUCAGCAGAUGGCUGCUGCGGCGGCUGCUGCUGUGGACUCGGCUGCGCCCUUUUCGCCACCCAAACAGGCGGCUGAUGUGGUGCUGUCAGGGGCGGUGUACAAGGCACUGCACGCGUUGAGGCAGACCCUGGUGCAGGAGUCGGGCAAGAACCUCGCACCCUACCACAUAUUCGGCAACGCGCAGCUGGUGCUUAUCAGUCAGCGCCUGCCCCGCACUCUCGACGCGUUGCAGGAGAUUCCGGGCAUUGGCAGAGUGAAGGUCAACAAGUACGGUGCCCGUGUGCUGGAAACUAUUGAGAGGCUUAUCAAAGAGCACAAGGCGGAUGCCGGAGACAUCAGCAACGACCGUAACAGCAAACCUCCUGAGUUAUCUUCUGACCAACCAACUGAUACACGGAAUGCACCUGUCAACUCCACUGCGGGUUUUCCAACCCCUGCUAAUGUGAAUUCUGCUCCAAAGGUGUCGGAAAACCCCCAGUAUUUCUCCUCUGACUUGACUACACUGAAAAGGAGCCUUUCGAGUGAAGGUUCUGGCAAUCCGGUGCCCCCUGGUGCUGAUGGUGAGGGGAAAAUGGCUGCUAGCAUUGGUGCUGCUGACGGGGGGUAUGCAGGAGGGCAUGUUAAAGUUGGUUUGUCGGGACGAAGCGCAAAGAGGGCUCGAGCGAGUGACGAAAGCGGAGGGGAUUGUAUCGAGGUGGUUAAUGUGGAGGAUGUUGGUGGGGCUGGGGAGGAAUGGCGAAGUGGAAGGGAGGUGUUGGGGGAUGGUGGUGGGGGAAGUGGAGGAGGGAGGGCCAAGGGUGUUGUUGCUACACCAAAAACAGGGUCAGAUGGGGAGGAGCUGGGGAGCGCAAGUAUGGGUCUCAGGAACUUCGACAGGCCUGUUCACGUGCAAUCCUUGAGCGUGCGCCAUUUCUUGCUCUCUCUCACACACGGCAACUGGGACGUGCAGCAAUGGGGUACCCCCUCCUCCUCCUCCUCCUCCUCCUCCUCCUCCUCCUCCUCCUCCUCCUCCUCCUCCUCCUCCUCCUCCUCCUCCUCCUCCUCCUCCUCCUCCUCCUCCUCCUCCUCCUCCUCCUCUCUCCCCCCUCCCCCGCCUCUCUCACACCAAGAGUACGACGUCAGGCCGCCAGGGGCGGAGCUGGUAGCGUGGAUGGGCGGAGAAGGCGGGAGUGAGCUGGACGCCACGUGGCACAACCUCACCGACGCCCUGGCAGGGCUGUUCUGUGCCUCGCUCAACUUCCUGCAAUCCCCCUCCUCCGUCGUCUCUCCCGCUCUUCACUUCCACACCCCCUUCCCUCUCCCCGCAAACCACACCCACUCACCAUCUCAACCCCAAUCCUCUUCCUCCGCCUCCUCCUCGCCACCGCCGGACCAGCCGCCGGGCCUGCACGUGAGGUACGGGAGCAUGGCUCGGGAGCCAGUGUGCACGGAGAACCUGACGCCGUGGCUGAAGCUGCUGCCGUGCCGUGACGCGGCAGGCCUCUCGUCUCUCAUGGACCGCGGGGCCGUGUUUGGCGGCCGCUACCACUCCAUGCACACUGCCGUGUGGACCCAUGUGUGCGAUGAGGGUAGUGUGGUCGAGGAGGGGAGUGUGGGAGAGGGAGGGAGUGUGGGAGAGGGAGGGAGUGUGUGUGGUGUUGCUGAGAAAUCCUCUUCCUCAUCCUCUUCAUCCUCCUCCGCGACUUCCCCCUACAUCUCCCCCGCCACGCCUGCCUGUGCCAGUGUGACAUGGGCUGUGGUGCUGCACCAGUCGCUCACAGUCGUGCUCGAUGCCUCCACUGAGAACGCCCUUGCCGCCGCUGCAGCUGCAGCUGCCACCAAACCCGUCCCCUCUGCUCCUUCCAAUUCAGCAGGUGCAGCGGCAAAAGAGGGGCUUGAUUUGAGUGAUGUGCUUCCGCUGCUGCCUGAUUGGAGCGUGGGUGCGCUGUUUGGGCGGCAGCUGACGUCAGUGUGUCCCCUUGCCACGUCAACUGACGUGGCAAUAAGAGUGCCGUCCGGUCUCCUCUGCCCCGCGGCUCAACUCAGUGCUGGUGCAGCAGGAGGUGCUGCCGCUGUUUCUGCCACUGCUGCUACUGUUAACGCUGCUGCUGCCACUGCUGCUGCCUGUAAUAGAGGUGACAGUGACAGGAGUGCCUCUAAAGUGGGGUGGGCGACUUUCCUCAGGAGCAAUGCAGUGUUUGGCCUUGAGGGGAAGUGGAGGGUGAGAGUGCAGGAGAGAGAUGGUGCUGUGCCGUCAGGGGAUUCAAGUGCAGAAGACAUGGGGGGAAUGGGGGACGUCAGGGGAAUGGGGGGCGUGAGGGGAAUGAGGGGCGUGCAGCAAGUGGAAGCAGUGCUGCUGCAUCGUGACAUGCGCCGCCAUCAAGGGCAUGCCUCUACCUCUGCCUCUGGCGCUGAUGCAGCUGCUGCCCAUGUUGCUGAUGUGGGUGACGUGGCAGCGGUCAGCUCGGCAGGCAUUCACUGGAAGCGGCGCGUAGCGUGGCAGCGGCGGCCGGCGCUGUUUGUCCUUUCCCGGUUCACCACAGGCACAGGAGACGCCCUGGGGGGGCUGACGUUCCUCAUACAGAGAGCGCGAGGAGCAGGGAGCGGUGCACGAGAAUGUGGUACUAAAGUAAAUAAUGAUUCUGCCAACACAGGGAGUCAGAGCGGGGAGUGUAGAAGCGGCACAGUGAGCGACACAGGGAGCGAUGCAGGGAGCGACACAGGGAGCGAUGCAGGGAGCGACACAGUGAGCGUGUUCCAGGCGGUGCCGUGGUGGCUGAAGCUGUACCUGCACACGCUCUCUCUCUCCUUCGACCACCGCCCUGUCAGCCUGAGGGACAGCAGUGCGCUUGUAGCGGCGCGGCUACAGCCGACGAGGGAGAGAGGCCCGCCCGCUGUGCUGGAGCUGCUGCUGCGCGUGCCAAGAGAGGUGUCUCGCGUUACAAUCACACUGCAGUACAGAAAGGGUCCAAGCCACAUGUAUGUGCCACCGGUGGUGGUGCCGCUGCCGCUGCCAGACCUGAGCAUGCCGUACAACGUCAUCACUCUCACCUGCACUCUGCUCGCCAUCGUGCUCGGGUCACUCUUUAACACGCUGCGAUACCGCCCCUCUGCCGCUGGUGAGUCUGGUGGGUGUUGGCGUGUACCAUUGCUUGGUGCAAGCUCAAGCGUUGCCGCAUGGGCGCAGAUCUACGGGCUAGACAACUCCUCGUCGCUGCUUCCCCCGCCCUCUCCGCUCCCCUUUCCGCCCGCCGUUCCCCCCGCGCCCCACCUGGAGGACUGCUCCGCGCGCACCGCCUGGCGCCACGCGUCAGAGGCGCGCGGACCAGGGGGGGAGCCGCCCUUAUGGGCGCGCGGACGGGGGGAAGGGGGAGCAGCAGGAGAACCGGCGCAUGUGGGCGCGGAAGGGGGUGCGGAAGGGGGAGGGGAGGGGUGUACGGAGGGGCCGCUCCCGCCUUGGGUGAGGGGUGCUGACGUGGACAACCUGCCACUGACACGUGUCGCGCAGAGAGACAUCUGGGAGAGCCAGCGAAUAGGAGCGUCGUGUGAGGGGCGGCGCCUGCUGCUGGCUCGCUGGUGGCCGGGUGAACGCCACGGCUUGGGCUCUCAGGUGAGCGGUCAGGUGCAUUUUCAGGUGGGCCGUCAGGUGCACCUGGCGGGGGCGUAUCUAAGCAUAGCCAUGGCUCACAGUCGCACCUUGGUGCCCUGGCCUGGGCAGUUCGACCGCGCCCUCCUCCCCGCCUGCCAAGUCGACUCAAAAAUCAACUCCUCCCCGCCUGCCAAGGUGUGUGCAAUGGGCGUUAUGCUUGGUGAGUUGGAACCUCCCUGUGAAACUCCGUCCAUUUCCUCCCCUCUCCCGCCUCUUCCCUCCCCUCCUCCUCUUUCCCCCCCUCUCCCGCCUGUUUACUCCCCUCCUCCUCCUUCCCCCCUCUCCCUUAGACCUGGCCCAGCGGGGGUCAUGGGAGUGUUUUUUCUUCUUCCUCGUCUCUCCCCCCUUGGCACACAACGGGCACAGCAAGCACUGGCGGCUGCUGCCAUGCCCGCUUGUGCACAGCCCCCCACCCUCCCAUCCUCUUGCCUCUACGCCCCCUCUUUCCCCACUCCCCCCCAGACCUGGCCCAGCGGGGGUCAUGGGAGUGUUUUUUCUUCCCCGUCGCCUCGUCUGAUUGCACACAGACAGCACAGCAAGCCCUGUCGGCGGGUGCCAUGCCUGCUUGUGCAAACCUUCCCCCUCCCCAUCCGUCCCUUUUCCCCCCCAACACCAGACCAAGGCCAGCAGGGGUCAUGGGAGUGUUUCUUCUUCCCCGUCGUCUCUUCUGAUUGCACACAGACAGCACAGCAAGCCCUGUCGGCGGGUGCCGUGCCGUCGUGCGCCACUAGUGGCUUCAAGGCAGCAGCAGCGUCAGAUGCCCCUAUUGUGUGUGUGGAGCUGCAGCAGCUGGGGGAGCUGUACAUGAUGGAAGGCAGUGAGGCGGCCAGGCUGUGGGGAUCUGCAUAUCUGGCCACACCACCCACGGUGGAGCACUGGGGGAAGAUGCAAGGCAUGUCGACCAAUGAGAGCAUGACCCACUGGUGGCGUGCGCAGGCCACGCGCUUCAUGCUGCGCUGGCCCUCCGCGCAUCUCUGCCAUGUCAUCAACCAGCAGCGCCACGCCGCGUUCGGCAUGCUCGUGGCCAAUCAGCUCGCAACGUUCAUCCCAACCCAGACCGCCUUCCUGCGUGGCCUCUCAGCCAGCAACGCCAUCACAGAGACCCCCUCACCAUCUGUCUCCCCAACAGCACAACCACCACUGCCCACACCAGAGACAGCACCUGAGGUACCAGCAGCAGCAGCAGCAGCGGAGGUGCCACAGGGCGAGUCAUCACCCCCUCCCGUGCGCUCGCUGCACGGCUGUGUGUGGCCCCAGCGCGGCUUCCCCGCGCCCCCUUGCUCCGCUGCUAGCUGUGCCCCUGCUGCCGGCUGCAACACUGGUGAAAGCAGCAGCAGCAGAGAGGAAAGCAGGGAGGUGGGAGCGGAGGAAGCGUACAGGAUGGUGGGGGGGGAGGUGCACAUGCCAGGGGGCAUGGUGAGUGUGCAUGUGCGGCAGACAGACAAGCGCAGUGAGAUGCAACUCGCCUCCUUCCACUCCCACAUGUUCCUCUUGCACAGACUCAAGCUGUCCCGGCCCGAUCUUCAACAUGUGUGGCUCAACAUGGAAGCACAGUCGGUGAUUGAUGCCACGUCUCUCUAUCCCGAUUGGACCUUCUUCUACUCCAAUAACACCCGUCAAAGCGACAUCUCAGCGCCACAGCAAGAACAACAAGGGGAAGAGGUCCUGUGGGCAUAUGAUAGUGAGCAAUCAGUGGCAGUCAGCUUCGCUAGCUUGCUGAUUGCUGCACAGUGCGAUCUUUUUGUUGGGUCGCUAGGAUCAAAUUGGAGCCGUCUGAUCAACGAGCUCAGAUCCACCAAUGGCAGACUGUUGGCUGGGUUUCUGGCCUUCAAUUUUGGUGAAUAUUGA